AUGUCCUACGAGCAGGCGCGUAGAAUCAAUCCGGAGGCGACGAACAUUCUCGAUCAGUGGGCGUUCUUGCAUCAUGGAGACGUGUCAUAUGAGCUCAUUAGAACAUAUCCCGAGAUGUCCAAGCGGGAUCAGGAAGAGGGUGGCAUCGAGGACAUGCUCGACUUCGCGACGGAUGAACCUGCCUUCCAAGACUCGCUCGGUGUUCUUGCACAAUACUUCCUGGUCAACGCCAUCGAUGGCAGUGCCGGAUUCUCUAUUCACCCGGUUAUGCACCGAUGGACUCUGCAUAGAAUCGUGGACAACAAGGCCAGGGAAGCGUUGUGCGCAAGAGCGAUUCGGAUCGUGGCGAGGAGGGUACCGCUCGUGAGCGGUACUGGCCAGCAAAUUAGAGCUGAAGGGCUUCUGCCGCACGCGAGAGUAGUAGCUACUCGACUCGAAAAAGAGACCGGAGUGACUGGGGUGGAUUAUGACCUCUAUGUAAUGGCACACUUUGUGGCGCGAUGCGAGAGGUCGCAAACAGCAGAAUUCUUGUACCUACGAGCGCUGACAGAGAGCGAGGAGGCAUGGGGACCGGAGAAGGAGAUGACUCUCGGAAUCUGUAGCAACCUUGGCCUUCUCUACAGAAAUCAAGACAAGCUGCAGAAGGCGAAGGACGUGUGGCUACGAACGCUUGUAGGAAUGGAGAAGAAAUUAGGGCCGGAGAAUGCGACCACACUUCAAACCCUCGAUAGUCUUGGCGCUCUUUACGGACGGCAGGGUAAGCUGAAGGACGCGGAGGAUAUGUAUUUGCGAGCGCUGCGAGGGAAAGAGAAGGCAUUGGGGCAGAGUCAUGAUUCGACACUUAGAGCCGCUUGGAAUCUUUCUCUCCUAUAA